AUCGGCUACAACAAAAAACUAACCUCACAAUUUUAGCUUGUAAAAAAUUGUGAUUCAAACCGAGAAAUUUUGUUAACCGAAUUCAAUAUGAGUCGAAAAGAAGCUUUAUCAUCGUUUAUUCAACAAAUUCACGGCAGGCCAGUAGUCGUGAAGCUUAACAGCGGCGUGGAUUACAGAGGUGUUCUAGCGUGUUUAGAUGGAUACAUGAACAUAGCUUUGGAACAAACAGAAGAGUACGUUAACGGGCAGUUAAAAAAUAAGUUCGGAGAUGCUUUUAUAAGGGGAAACAACGUUUUGUACAUUAGUACUCAAAAGAGACGAUAUUAAUGUAAUGAUGCUUUAUUUUUAAGAAUAAAUAAUUUUUUAUUUAA